UACAUCCUCAGGGUGAUGCUGAGGACAGAGGGGUUACUGUGACUCUGAGCUGCUCUGCAGGAGUUCCUCAGUCAUACACAAUGAGGUGUCUAAUUCCACUGUGUGUGCUGAUUUUACAUGUGGGACAAACCACAGCCCAAUCAACAGUGAGACAAACCACAGCCCAAUCAACAGGACCCUUCUACCCAUUUGGAAAUGGAGACAUUGUAAAUGGACGGAUAGAUGAUGGAAGCUCAUCUGCUAUCACUCUCCACGAAGAAUUUAUAUACUUUGGAAACACAUACAUCCAAACAUUUGUAAACAACAAUGGAUUUCUAACCUUUCAUCAAGCUUCGAGCAGGUUCACUCCCUACCAAUUCCCUGCAAAUGGUAGCUUUGACAUCAUCGCUCCAUUUUGGACCGACAUCGAUAAUCGUGGAAAUGGUGUCAUCUCAUAUCGGCAGUACACUUCUGGCAGUGUUCUCACGCGAGCAACUCAAGAUAUAAAUCAAUAUUUCCGCCAGCUGAGAUUUACCGCUACUUGGGUCUUUGUUGCAACGUGGGAUAGAGUCGCAUACUUUCCUACCACUGGCACGGAAACAUCUUUCCAAGUAGUUUUGAUUUCCAAUGGCGAUAUUUCAUUUAUUCUGAUGAACUAUGGUGUGAUUGCUCAAACAACCCAGAAUAUGCAGGCUGGUUAUGACACAGUUGACUCCCAUGAAUAUUUCUCCAUUCCCGGGUCAUUUGAACACAACUACACAAGUUUUACCCACAGCAGCAAUGUGAAUGUCCCAGGCAGAUGGGCUUUUCGUGUAGAUCAUGGAUCACAACACUGUCAGUUUAAUGGUAAUGAUGUGCCACACAGCACCAUAUUCUGGACAGAUAACUCUUGCCAGCAGAAAUGCACUUGCACUCGGGGGCGUCUCCAGUGCACGUCACAGCCAUGUACAUUUUCUCAAGCCUGUCAUCCAGCUGCUUUCCAGUACAGCUGCCAAAAUGUACAACGCCGAACCUGCACUAUUUCUGGCGAUCCCCACUACUACACCUUCGAUAAUAAAGUCUUUCACUUUCAAGGAACCUGUACCUACGUCUUGUCUGAGGCCUGUGGCAAUGGCUUGCCAUACUAUCGCGUUGAAGGAAAGAAUGAGCAUCGGGGUAGUACACGCGUGUCAUGGACACGCCUGGUCAGGGUAUUUGUUUAUGAGGAGGAACUGGAAUUAGUAAAAGGUCAUCGAGAUGAAGCCAAGGUGAAUGGAACCUUUGCAGCAACACCAUUCAGCCUCCACAAUGGCUCCAUUCAAGUCUAUCAGUCAGGUUUUUCUGUUGUAAUCAGUACAGCUUUUGGACUGGUUGUUACAUAUGAUGCACAUUCCUAUGUAACCAUCAGGGUACCUUAUAACUACCAAAAUGGCACAUGCGGUCUGUGUGGUAACUUCAACCAUCAACCAGAAGAUGAUUUUCGUACACCUUCAGGAGAAAUCCUGAGCUCAGACUUGGAAUUUGGAAACUCCUGGAAGGUACAGGGAGACACAGAUCCCGGCUGCAUGAAUACCCGGUGCUCAGGUCCGGCAUGUGCAGGUUGUACCACACAUCAGACGAACCUUUACAGUAACUCGGACCACUGUGGAAUCUUGGCAGAUACAAGUGGUCCCUUUUCCAACUGCCAUUCAAGCCUGUCACCUCAGAUGUUUAUAGACAGCUGUGUCUAUGAUCUAUGUGUGGGAGAUGGAUACCAACCAAUUCUGUGUCAAGCAAUCAGCAUUUAUGCUUCUCAGUGCCAGCAGCAAGGCAUACAGUUAGGUCAAUGGAGAAGAACAGGAUUCUGUGAAAUAUCAUGCCCUAUGCCACACAGUCACUAUGAGUUCCAAGGAACAAGCUGCCCAGCAACAUGCAGUAACCCCACUUCGCCUUUAAACUGCACCUUACCAAACCAGGAAGGCUGUAUCUGUGAUGCAGGCUAUGUCCUUAGUGGUGGUGAAUGUGUCCUUCAAAGUAACUGUGGCUGCACUUUUGAAGGACUUUACUAUACUGAAGGUCAAUCGGUGAUAUUGGACAAUGACUGCAGUAGGCUGUGUACCUGUAGCAACAUGGUAAUGACCUGCCAACGUCAUCAGUGUGGGUCAGAGGAGGUGUGUACCACCAGUAAUGGUGUAAGGGGCUGCAGACCUGCCAGUUAUGCCACCUGUUGGGUUGACCAAUUCGGCUCAUAUCACACCUUUGAUGGACUGGCUUUCAGUUAUCCAGGAGCCUGUGAACUCAUCCUCGCCAAAGUUAAUGGAUCAUCCACACUACCUAAUUUUGCAGUAAAACUACAAAGAGUCCCCAUGGGUCCUCUUAGCUUUUCUAAGAUCUUGAAAAUUGAGGCAGGGGGGUUUCAGAUCUCUAUAGACAUGGGGGAAGGAGGAAAUACACAGGUUGAUGGAGUCCUGGUUGCUCUACCAUACAGUGUUGGCAACGGUCAAAUCCUUAUCUACCAUGGCAGUGUAAAUAGUAUAAUUGUAGAAACAUCAUUCGAAGUAACUGUGAGAUCUGACUGGUCACACCUAAUUAGAAUCACAGCACCCAACACCUACAGUGGCAAUCUUGCUGGUCUGUGUGGAAAUUUCAAUGGAAACCAAGGAGAUGAGUUUUAUAGCCCAGGUGGAGUCUUGCUAAAUACUGCACAAGAGUUUGGGGAUAGCUGGAGAGUUGGGUCUCUUUCAGCAUUCUGUGUAGGAUCAGAUGUCCCACCAGGACAGAACAGCAGCGAUUUCACUGAGGACUGCAGCAUCAUGGCCUCUCCAGAUGGGCCAUUUUCUCAGUGCCACAGCAGCCUGGACCCUCAGAUAUGGAUAACAGAUUGCAGACACAAUUUGGAACAGACACAUGGUGCCAGAGAGGCCUUGUGUGAGGCUCUACGGGACUAUGCUGUACUCUGCCAGCAAAAUGGCAUCACUGUGGGAGAAUGGAGAAAUAUCACCAACUGUUCUUUCCCAUGCCCAGCCCAUAGCCACUAUGAGCAAUGUGGCACAUCCUGCCCUGCAGCCUGUCCCAGUCUGUCUUUUCCAUUCCCUUGUACCCAGCACUGCCAGGAAGGGUGCCAGUGUGAUGAUGGGCUACUGCUCAGUGGAGAUCAAUGUGUUCCCCCUACGAGUUGUGGCUGUUUUCAUGAAGGCCGCUACAGACAGAGUGGAGAGCAGUUCUGGUUUGGGGAACAGUGCGAAUUCCAUUGUCUCUGUGAUGGGAUGUCCGGUAUUGUCCACUGUAAUUCAUCAUCUUGUCAGCAGCAGGAAAUAUGCCGUGCCAUUGAAGGAGAAUAUGGCUGUCAUUCUCGACCCAGUGCCACAUGCUCUGCUGCAGGGGACCCCCACUACACCUCUUUUGAUGGACAUAGAUUUGACUUCCAGGGCACAUGCCUAUAUACACUGGCGACUGUAUGUAAUGAUACUCUGGGACUGCCAUAUUUUCAGGUCACUGCACAAAAUGAAGCAUGGAAUGGACGCUCAGUGUCAAUCACUGUUGAAGUUUAUGUCCAUGUUUCAGGACACCUGGUGCACAUUUCACGCAACAUGUAUGGCACUGCUAAGAUUGACACUAUAACCAGGACUCUUCCUGCCCAUCUCGACUCUGGCCGUGUGUCAGUUUACUCCACUGGAUGGAACACAUUUAUUAUAACUGACUUUGGCCUCAGUGUGAGUUAUGAUGGCUCUUCAGUGGUGCGCAUCACAGUCCCAGGGAAUUACAGUGGUGCCACAUGUGGCCUCUGUGGUAACUUCAAUGGUAACAGCAGCGAUGAUUUCCGUAUGCAAUCUGGAAUCCUGACCUCCUCUGUUUUUGAAUUUGGAGCUGACUGGAAAGUGGGGAAUGACACAUGUAAUGAUGGACGUGGAGCCUCAUCAUGCCAAGACCCAGCUACAGCACAGUCUCUGUGUGCAAUCAUAUUGGACACUCAGGGUCCUUUGAGUUUCUGUCAUGCCCACGUUGAUCCACAGGCCUAUUUUAAUGACUGUGUCUUUGAUCUUUGCCUCUCUGAGCACAGUAAUGAUGUACUGUGCCAUUCCAUUGAAACGUAUGUGAGUGCCUGCCAGUCUGCCAAUGUCGUGAUUUAUCCCUGGAGAGAAAAUACAACAUGUCGUAUAAACUGUUCUACAAACAGUCACUAUGAGCUGUGUGGUUCAGACUGUGGACACACAUGUAACAACAGCACGGACGACGCCUGUGGGAGCGCGUGCAGAGAGGGCUGUUUCUGCAAUGAAGGCUUUGUAAGGAGUGGACUAAACUGUGUGCCUGUAGAACAGUGUGGCUGCUCAUACAAUGGGUUCUACUUCCAGAUUGGUGAAAGGUUCUGGACUGAAGGAUGUUCACAACACUGUGAGUGCUUUUCUCUCAAUGACCUGCGCUGCGUCUCCACCUCAUGCACUCCCACUGAGGAGUGUGUGGUCAAGAACGGUAUACUCGGCUGCUACAGUCAAAUGUCAAGUUGCAUGGUCUCAGGCGAUCCACAUUAUUUUACCUUUGAUGGGGCUGUGGCCCACUUUCAGGGUACUUGCUCCUAUGAGAUUUCUCAGACGUGUGGAGAUGUCUCUGACAACGACUUGCGAUUCCGUGUGGUGGCCACCAACAUGCAUCGUGGGAGCACAGUUGUGUCAUUUGUCUCUGUAGUGGAUAUAUGGCUAACUAAACAAGGGUCACAAACACACAUUACAAUUGGACAAAACAGGAGACUGAAGGUUGAUGGAAAUGAAAUAAACUCAUUUACUUAUCAAAUCAGUAAUCUAGCAGAAAUAUAUCAGGAGCAGAAUUUUAUCAUUGUGAAUGCGUCACGUGAGCUCAUCGUCUCCUUCGAUGGUCGUUUUACACUUUUAGUGAAGUUGGGCCCAAGCCUCCAUGGGUCCGUGUGUGGGAUGUGUGGUAACAGUAAUGGAGAUCCUGUGGAUGACAAGACCCUGCCGGAUGGAGCACUUGCACCGAAUGAUACUGUUUUUGGGAACAGCUGGAAAUCAAACAUCAGCAGCCCAGGAUGUGGUGCCAGUGACCAGACUUUUGAUAUCAGCGACUGCCCCUUCAGAGAGGAGUGUGCUGAGCUCUGUAGCAUUAUCACCAAUACCAGUGGACCUUUCCAGCACUGCCAUUUCCGUAUCGACCCUGAACCUUUCUUCACUUCCUGUGUGUAUGACUUGUGUGCUUACCCACAGACAUGGGGACAAGACUUGCUCUGUUCAGCUGUGGAGGCCUAUGAUGCUGCUUGCACCACACUGGGGCUCCAAAUCCCAGACUGGCACUCUGAUCUAUCUUGCUCGAGAGUGGAUCCCUGUGAAGAUCUGAACUGUACUGAGGAUGAGUGGUGUGGGAAGAAAGAUGGCAUCUAUGGCUGCUUCUGCAAUGAAAAUCAUCCCAGACCAAACCCUGAUACUUGCGACUCUCUUCAGGAGUGUGAGAGCAGCUCGAGCACUUUGUCUCUAUCCCGCUGUCAGCUGUUUGAAGCUGGUUUUCCUGCUAGUACCCUGCACUUGAAUCAGCCCAGCUGCACUGGAACAGUCCAAGAUGGCAGAGUGGUCUUCCACUUUGAUAAUGAUGAACACCUCUGUGGCACCAAUCUCAUGGCCAAUGGCAGCCAUUUCAUUUAUGAGAACCUAAUCCAAGGGGAGGUGGACUUAUCCAUAGGCCCAAUUCACAGGAACAGAAGCAUAGAGUUUAUUUUUUCCUGCACCUACCAGCUCACCCAGGCAUUUAGUAUGGACACUGAGCUUCAUCCUCUACAGAGCAUUGUGCACAAGACUCUUCCAGAAGGAGUGGGCAUGUACCAAGUCAGGAUGAUUCCCUAUGAGGAUGCUGGAUUCUCCCAUCCCUACACCGGCACAGUGAAUGUACACCUGGGCCAGGAAAUCUACAUCGGAGUCUUUGUUGAAGGAGUGGACAGCCGUCAGGUUGCCAUGGUGAUAGAUUCAUGUUGGGCCACACCUGUAAAUGAGCGAAACUACACUCUCCACUGGGACCUGAUUACUAGAAGGUGUCCGAAUGUAAACGACGGCACGGUGAGGAUUUUUGAGAACGGUGUCUCCACAACUGGGCGAUUCUCUUUCAAGAUGUUUUCUUUUCAUGAAGAAGAAACCAUGGUUUUCCUUCACUGCAGCAUUCACCUUUGCCUUCUGAGAAAUCACAACUGUGCCACGCGCUGUCACCAUGCGUAUCUCCACCGCUCCGGCAGAUCUGUGGACGUCCAUGACCGAGCCUCCAUCUCCAUCGGGCCUUUUAUCUUGACCGCAAAUACUAACAGAGGUGUGUAGGCCAAAGAUGAAAUGAAAAUGUAUUUUCUUGGAUUUCCUGACCCACGACCCUGAGUGGUAUAGAACAUGGAUGGAUGGAUUUCCUGAGCAUCUGGAUCUGUUUCUGAAUGCAAAUAUUGUAUAAGCAAAGAUUUUCCUGUUUUUCAUUUCUCAGUUAAUGAGUUUCUAUGAUUUCUGAAUCCUAAAGCAACAUUAAUCGUUAAUUACACAAUGAGCAACUCUGUCUGUUUACAUGAUUUAACAUCCUUUAUGUUCAUUCUUCUGAUUCCUUUGAACCCUGAGGGAGUUUUUUGGUGUACAGAACCAGAACUGGGGAUCAUGCAGCAGAAAGUCAGUAAUCUGAGUCGCAGUACAGCUGACACUCACAGGGACAGUAAAUUAAUUCUGGCUGUUUAAAUGGUGUGAAAAAUGUACUUCAUCCUGUAGAACGACUGUAUAGUAAUCCUGAAAAUGUUUUCCAUGUUUGGGUUUUUUUGCACUUUCAAUAAAGUUGAAAAACUGAGAA